AUAGAUAGCUACAAGUAGGAGUAGACUCGAGGUUUAUGCUGUCCCCAGUAGACGAGCAUCUGGCAUCUACGAGAAAGUGCAGUGAUCGAGGAGUGCAGUGAAUGUGCACUGCCGGUACCGCACACUGCACACUGUACGCCCGGCUGACAUUCAAGUGCAGUCGAAAAUUUCCGCAGGCGAGAGCUGAUUCGAGUGGGUCCGUGGGUGCGUGGCUGUAUGGAGGUGACGAGGAAUCUGAUUACCGGUCGAAGCAGAUCGCUGUGUGGGCAUCAGGUGGAGUUGAAAAGGUUGCUACAGAAGCAGUACUUGAAGCAACUCGAUCUGUUACUUGCGUUCGAGGAUGCGAUCACGCUCGGAAGAAGAGCGGGAGUUGCCAUACAGGGGGAAGCUUCGGUUAGUAGAUAGCAGGUCCGAUUUUGGGUCGGGAAGGAGGAAGAGGAUGAGAGCGAGCUGGGAGCUUUCAGAAAUGCGGAAAUUCGGGAGCGGAGUUGUCUGCCUGCUGUUUUUGGUGUGGAGUGUUGCCGGAGUGGUCGUAGGAGGAGGGUUUGCCGGGGAGGACGAUGGGGACAGGAAGCUCGAAGGAACGAUUGCGUUUGCAUCCGUGGGGAGAUCGCGUUACGGCUUCGAUAUCUUCGGUGUGUCGUUGGCCCAGAUUCCCGAGAGUGGAAAGCUCGUCGAUCGGAUGCUGGCCGAUGGGUUGGUAGAGAAACGACUCACCGAUGGGGUUUCUGUAAAUUACAAUGCCCAGCUCGUGGAGGGCAAAGAAAAGCAAAACCUCCUGCAGUGGUUGAAGAGCAGCGGUCACGUCUCCGAUGUGGACCUCGCUGGUGAUACGGGAGAAUUGUUGCUUUACGUGUCGGAGAGAGAUGGGAGCGCUCGAGUGUAUAUCAGUCUGUUCUUGGAUCAGGGCAAGAACAGGCGAGGGGCCAGCCCUGAUCUUGAGGCUGGGCCGGAGCUUGAACUGUUGAGCGAGUUUGAGGGAUCGUCUCUCGGUUCCAAGAGGGAAGAGAGGAAGAACUUCAGGUAUUUAAGUGAAAUUGAAACGAGCAAAAAGGUGCUUCAGCUCAACUUAUCAAAGCUCGGCUCCUCAGGUCCGCAUCUUCAUGACAGACCUCAACUGGGAGGCACCAGGGUUGUCUAUGUCUCCACGGAGCAAGCUCGAGAAGAAAGGCGACAGAGCUGGAGUGGAGUUUACUCCACCAGUCUGGACUCCAGGUUUGACAUUCGCCUCACCCCAGACGGAAUGACCGACUUCAGUCCGGCAAUUUCACCUUCUGGAGAAUGGGUUGUAGCUGCAUCUUUCCAGGGAAAAGGAUGGCAGGGUGAGGUCCGUGCGCUGGAUACGGAUCUGUACUUGUUCAGCGCGAAGGAUGGGUCCAACAGGCGUCUAGUGACGAAGAAUGGCGGCUGGCCGACCUGGAAGGAUGAGUCCACCAUUUUUUUCCAUAGGCAAGCUGAUGACGGGUGGUGGAGCAUUUUUAAACUCACUCUCCCUGAGGACUUCACAAUGAAUGGAUUCACUGAGGGCGAAAUUCAAGAAGAAAGGGUGACCCCUCCUGGUGUUCAUGCCAUGACACCAUCUGCUUCCAAAGCAGGCGACUGGAUUGCUGUGGCCACUCGGAGACCAGAAUCUGCAUACCGACACAUCGAAAUCUACGACCUGAGCUCCAAAGUUUUCAUCAGACUCACCGAGAGACUGGCUCCCAAUGCACACCACUAUAAUCCGUCUGUCUCUUCUUCGUCGAAACAUGUUCUCUAUCAUCGUUGCAAGGGAGUUCUCGGAGCUUCAACUACCCCUUUCGCAGUUCCCCUACUUGAGCCCCUUCAAUCAAUCGUCCCUCGAGUGUCCCUGUUCAGAGUGGAUGGAAUGUUCCCCUCUUUCUCCCCUGAUGGCUCUUUAAUAGCGUACUUACAUGAUGGAGUGUAUGUGACUAACCUGAACGGAAAAUCAAGACGGCGGGUUUACAAUGGCACAGCUUUCGCCACCUGCUGGGACCGUAAGAGGAAAGGAGUAGUCUAUAUAUCAGCUGGAGCGGGUUUUUCUCCGGAGCUGGCCGAGGUUCACAUUCUCUCAAUAUUCAAUGCAGAUGGAGAAGGAGAGCCGUAUUACAAGCAGCUGACAAAGGAUGGAUCGGGCAACAACGCCUUCCCAUCAGCAUCUCCUGAUGGCAAAUACGUAGUUUUCAGAUCAGGUAGAACUGGUCACAAGAAUCUGUACAUCAUGGAUGCGGUGGAUGGAGAGGAAGGGGGAUUGAGGCAGCUGACGAGCGGGCCAUGGACUGAUACGAUGGCUAACUGGUCACCGACUGGUGAAUGGAUCGCCUUCGCUUCGAACAGAGAAAGUCCUGCCGCAGGACAUUUCAGCGUAUAUCUGAUUCACCCUGAUGGAACGGGUCUACACAAAAUCUUGAGCGAUGGAGGCCGUGCAAACCAUCCAAUUUUUAGCCCUGAUGGUAAAAGUCUUGUUUUCACCAGCGAUUUUGCCGCCAUAUCUGCAGAGCCUGUCUCUUUGCCAAAUCAGUACCAGCCUUAUGGGGAGAUUUACAUCGCCAAAAUUGAUGGAUCUAAGGCAACUCGCCUCACUCACAAUUCCUACGAGGACGGUACACCUGCAUGGGGCCCUAUUUUCCUGGAUCCUAAUGACCUGUCAGAGGAUGCUGAAGACCAAUCCACUUGUGAUUUCGACGAUGCGUUGUGGCUGAACUCGCCCAAUCUCGGUACCCUGUGCUAAACAUGCACUAAAUAUCACCUCCAAGGGCAAGACAUUGUCCAACCGGACGAUAUUAGUAGAGGGUAAUGAUGUUAAAUGUUCAAGAGUUUUGAUUAAGUGGGAUAUGUACCACUACUCUUGGAAUGGUUUGAAGGUCUUUUUUGACAAGUUGACAUAGGUUUUGUCUCCCACUGACACUUGUAUGUACAUAUGUAACCUCGGUUUGAAGCCUUCAGUGGGUCCGAGUGAGAUUGAGGGCAGUCGAUAUUACAGCUGUUUUGGGCCGUUAAGUGCCCGGAGUUGUAUUUGUAAAGGUAAUGUGUAACGUGGUAUUAUGUACUGCUGUUGUCGGAAGGUUUGGGCUUCUCACGUUUUGGGAAGUUUGUUUGGUUCUUUUAAACAAUCUCUAUUCCAUCAUCAGUCAAACUGUGCUCAAUUCGGCUUUUCUAUAUACGAUUCGUUAGCUUCUUUUUACUUGUAUAGUCUUUUAGCCUUACUACAGGUUUGAAAUUGGGCAUUUUUGUGUUAGAAUUUUCCGAAAACUUUUCACUUCAGUAGAGAGCAAG